AUGGCUGGGAAUUGCUCCAUUUGCAACCAAAAGAAGGCAAACUACAAAUGUCCAAAAUGCCUCAUCGGCUACUGCUCGCUCGUGUGUUACAAAGACCCUUCACAUUCUCAUGAACAGAAAGAACUAGCCGCAAAAGGAGAGCCAACGGCGGUAGAAUCUGAACUUCAGGAGACUGCAAAACAAGAGACAGAACAUACAGAAAGCCCCAAAGAUGACAAAGCUAUUAGCAGUCCAAAAGAGAAACUUUUUGAAAGAAUUGCACAGGAUCCACAGAUCAAAAGCAUGCUUUCUUGCAAGUCCCUACAAGUGCAUCUAGCCGUUAUCGUGAAGCUUCUUGAAGAUUCACUGUUGACAAAUGAGCCUAUGUCUGAAAAUCGAAGAGAAAUUGCAAAUAUGCGCCUUUGCGAAUUAAGAAUGGGUGGAGCUAGCCAGAAUGUAUUGGUUGAAGAAUUCGUGCAGCGUAUACUACAUGUGUACAACGAAAACGAUCGUGAAGAUUAUAAUUAA